GGCCUUGGCCUGGAAGGAAUAUCACUUCUGUAGGACGGACAGAAAUACACAGAACUCGUCAUGCCGGUCGGUAUCGAAGCUUGGGUAACGCAAAUACCACCCGUAACAAGAGCGUGGCUCGCGCUCUCCGUCUUGACAAGUUUGGCGGUCCAAUGUCAACUCGUUACACCACUGCAGCUGUACUUCAGCUUCAAGGCUGCCUUCACGAACGCGCAGCCAUGGCGUGCUUUCACGACAUUCUUCUACUUUGGAAGCAUCUCCCUCGACUUUGUCUUCCACAUGUUCUUCUUCAUGCGCUAUAGCAGGAUGCUCGAGGAAUCUUCCUUCGCGAACAGGAAGGCGGACUACUUCUGGAUGCUGUUCCUGUCCUCGCUGAUGCUUCUGCUCCUCUCUCCGCUCGUGAACCUUCCCUUCCUCUCCUCGCCCUUGGCGUUCGUGCCGAUCUAUCUCUGGUCGCGGCGGCACCCCUCGACCCCCAUUUCGCUCUUCGGCCUCGUCACUAUCACGGCCCCGUAUCUCCCGCUCGCACUGGUCGGGCUCGCUUGGAUCCUGAACGGAACGUGGAGAGCUGCUGCGGGCGACCUGCUGGGGUGUGCCGUGGGCCACGUCGGCUGGUUUAUGCAGGACGUGUGGACGCGCGAGAUGAUUGGGGGCCCGACCGUGCUCAGCGAGGCACCAGAGGCCUUGAAACGGCUCUUCGGAGACGUUUGAACCCAGCCCCAGGGAUGUGUACAUUAGAUCGUUCUGCAAUCGUUAUCUGAUAAGAUCCGGCCUUACGGCCCUCACCGCG